AUGUGUAAAGUUUUGAAAAUCAGACAUCGAUCAUUAGAAAAUGGAUUGCAGUCAAAGGAGGUGGAAGCCCGCAGGUUUAAACUUAUGAAUCUUUUCAGAAGUGCAGAUGAGGUUAUUCUGAAUUUAGUGAAAGUCAAGCAUUUGCUCUCUGUCAAGGCCUUCAAACAGCGUUUGAAACGACCUCAGCCAGAUUCCCGAGUACAAAUUGAUUCCCAAGUACAAGUUGAUUCCCAAGUACAAGUUGAUUCCCAAGUACAAAUUGAUGCUCCUGCCGGUCCUACUUUUACAAUCUUUCCAAAUCUUCCUCUCGAGUUGCAACGCAAGAUAUGGGGAUUUGCAGCUAUCACUCGUCCUCGAGUUAUUGAAGUUUAUUCCCAAAGUGGACGAAAUACGGAUAAGCGGGUAUUAACUUUAUUCCUGAUCUGCUUGGGACGUCUUGGUCCUAGCCAUCGAUAUUACACAACAAUAUCGCCAAUCCCUACCAGUCCUUUGCACACCUGUAGCGAAUCUCGAAACACAGCUUUGGGAAAGUACAAUUUUCAUUUUUUCCUUGGUCGGCCCUUCUACUUCGAUAACCUUCGGGAUAUUCUCUGGCUGAAGAGCGAUGCCACAUUCGAUGCUGUAACAUUGCGUGCGGGAAAUAUUACGUAUAUGACUUAUGAUAUGCUACAUAAAGAAGUCCAAGCUACCGCCAUGAUCGCAAAGCACCAAUUCCGUUUCCUUGCCCUCAGCUACCAAUCCUGGGUAAAAUCACCGGCGGUGCGAGAGAAAUACUGUGGGAUGGGACGUAUUUGGGAUCAUUACGCACAUGCAGGAACCACAAUGGAGAAGAUAUACUUGGUUUAUACCGAGCAGGAUCAACGAGAUGAAGCUGUAAAGGAUGCGGAACAUAUACAUCUCUGUAGAACAAUUAAGAUGAAAUAUUAUUCUAGCAUGGUAAUCGAUUCGACAGAAGAUGACAAAGUAUACUACAGGGGCUUUUAG